AUGCGUCGUGUGGUCGUGACAGGUCUCGGCGCGGUCACCCCCCUCGGAGUAGGAAUCCGUCGCACCUGGAAACGCCUGUUGGAUGGUCACUGCGGCAUUGUCAAUGUUCGCCAUCGCGAUUCCAGGUUUGCCGACUUGCCCUGUCAGGUUGCGGCGGUCGUGCCUUCGGGGACGAAGCAGGAUGGAGGCUGGACGGCUUCGGAGUGGUUAAGUAAAGAUGAGGAGCGCAAGAUGGCUCGUUUCGCGCAGUAUGCGUUGGUUGCCUCGCAAGAAGCUUUGGCGGAUGCCGGCUGGAUGCCUACGACAUUUGAACAAAAAGAGACGACGGGGGUUUGUCUCGGGUCAGGCAUUGGGAACUUUGACGAGAUUUAUAACACCGUCACGGCGUAUGAAAAAGGGGGCUAUAAAAAAGUGUCGCCUUUAUUCGUACCCAAGCUUCUGAUCAAUCUCGGUGCUGGCCAUAUCUCCAUGAAAUAUGGGUUCAUGGGCCCUAACCAUGCGGCAACAACCGCCUGUACCACCGGCGCACAUUCUAUCGGCGACGCAGCUCGCUUUAUCGCAUGCGGGGAUGCGGAUGUGAUGGUUGCCGGAGGGGCUGAGUCGUGUAUUCACCCCUUGGCCAUCGGGGGCUUUGCGCGGGCGCGAAGUCUUGCCACCAGCCACAAUGAUGCCCCCGAAAAGGCGUCAAGACCGUUUGAUGCCGACCGCGAAGGGUUCGUGGUUGGAGAAGGUGCAGCUAUGGUCGUCUUAGAGGAGUUAGAACACGCCAAAGCGCGAGGGGCCCAGAUCUAUGCGGAACUGAAAGGAUAUGGCUGCUCCGGAGAUGCCCACCACAUGACGGCGCCGAAGGAGAACGGGGAGGGUGCCUUCUUGGCUAUGAGAAAGGCCCUGCGAAGCGCGAAGAUCCAACCGUCCAUGGUUGACUACGUCAAUGCACACGCUACGUCAACCGUUGUCGGUGACGCGGCAGAAAACGUUGCGAUCAAAACUCUCCUUCUUGGGCCUGAAGGAAAGAAGCACGCGGCAGAGGUCAAUGUUAGCAGCACCAAGGGGGCUGUGGGCCACUUGCUGGGCGGUGCUGGUGCUAUAGAGGCGCUGUUUUCUAUUCUGGCUAUUCACGAGAAUAUGAUGCCACCAACAAUUAACCUGGAGCGAGCUGACAAUGGAUUCGACUGCAAUUAUGCUCCAAACAAGGCGCAAGAACGCCGGAUUGACGUGGCUUUGACCAACAGUUUUGGCUUCGGGGGGACGAACAGCAGCCUGUCGUCGUCGGCGGGUACCUUGGUCGAUGCGUCGGGAUACAAGUUUUCGGAGAAGGAUGCGAAACCGACCAAGAUCAAGGUGAAGAAGUCGGCGAAGUUGGGGAAAAAGAAGGCCGAUGACCCCCCAGCUUCUCCAGGCUCCUCCCCCAUCUUACCGGAAAUCGACGAGAAAACCAUGGCCGCCUUCCCAACUGGCAAACCGCGCGAGGAAGAUAAUCUGGAGACGGUCAUCUGCAAGACCUGUAAGAGGCCGGUCCUCAAGCAGGGCGCCGCCGAGCACAUUCGCGGCUGUAUCAAGGCGAAGCAGGAGAAGGCACGGCGCAAGAAAGAGGCGCGCGACGCCGCCAACCGGGCCAAGGAGAAGGGCGACAAGGACGGCGACGAGGAGGCCGCGGGCGGCGAGGGCGACGACUCCAUGAAGGGCCAGAAGAGCGCCAAGAAGAGCGCCGUCAAGGGCAUGGCGGAGGAUGGCACCAAGAAGGGUAAGAAGCGCAAGACCGAGGCCGAAGACGAGAAAGACAAGGAACCCAAGAAAAAGAAAAAGAAGGAGGAGCCCAAGCCCAAGGCAGCCAAGCCCAAGGGUCCGGUCGACGUCGAGAAGCAGUGCGGUGUCACCUUGCCGAAUGGCGCUCAGUGCGCUCGCUCUCUCACUUGUAAAAGUCACUCGAUGGGUGCGAAGCGUGGCGUGCCCGGUCGUUCGCUGCCGUACGAUAUGUUGCUUCAGGCCUAUCAGAAGAAGAACCAGGCCCGUCAGCAAAAGGCUGCCAUCGAUGCCAAUGCUCCUCUACAGGAUGAUCUGGAAAACAACGGCCCCGUGGACUCGGAUGAAGAGAAAGACGCCGUGAUGGCAGGCAUUACUCGCUCCACCCCUGUACCUCUCGCCACCCAUACUUUGAUGACGACCAAGCAGAAAUACAAGUACGUGCGGAUCAAAGAGAUGCUCUCGCAUGCCCUGGGCGGUUCUCGAGGCGGCGGUCUUUUCUCGAACGGCGACGCCUCCGUGGCGGAAGGCAAUCCGUUUCAGCCUGUGGCUGAUAUCCUACCUUCGACAACGUCCCCUGUCUCCGCCAGUGCACCAGAAAACGCUACCGACGCAGGUGGGAAGACUCCCGCAACCGCCACAAAGAAGUUGCCGGUGAUGGCCAGCUCGUAA